AGGCAGACAAGCAGGAGGAGGGCUGGGAGCCAUGGCUUACGUUGUGCGUGCCUGCACCCCCAAAGACCUCAAGGACAUCAUGCGCCUCAUUAAGGAGAUCGCAGUCAUUUACAAGGUUCCUGUGAACGAGAUCAGAACCAGUGAGGAAGCGCUGAUGGAGGCCGGAUUUGGGAAGAAUCCCAGAUUUGAGUGUUUUGUAGCGGAGGUUCCCCCACAGCAAAAAAGCAAGGAAGGUCACACUCUCAUUGGAUACGUCCUGUCCGUCUAUACCUACAGCACCUGGAAAGGAAGAAACCUUUACAUGGACAACCUGUACGUCAUGCCUGAAUUCAGAGGGAAGAGCAUUGGGAAGAUGCUCCUGAACAGAGCGACAGAGGCAGCCUGGCGCAAAGGCUGCUCCCAGCUCCGCAUGCACGUCAGCUCCGAGAAGCCAGAGAACAUAACAUUCCUGGAUAAGCACGGCGGCGAAGACCUCUCCGCCAAGGACGGCUGGAACCUCUUCCGAUUCCAGGAAACGCAGCUACGCAGAAUGGCAGCCCGCAGCGAAUGUUAG